AUGACCUUCAAGGACCUGGGCCUGAUGCAACCUUUGGUCGAUGCAUGCGAGCAGCUCAAGUUUAAGACACCUACAGAUAUUCAGAAGGAGUCUAUUCCUUGGUCCCUGCAGGGCCGCGACAUCAUUGGACUCGCUCAGACAGGUUCAGGAAAGACCGCCGCAUUUGCGCUGCCCAUCCUUCAGGCAUUGUGGAACAACCCUUCGCCCAUGUUUGCAUGUGUUAUGGCACCCACGAGAGAGUUGGCGGUUCAGAUUUCAGAGACGUUUGAAUCGUUGGGAUCGACAAUCGGCGUGCGAUGCUGUGUUAUUGUCGGAGGCAUGGACAUGAUGGCACAAUCGAUCGCGCUCUCAAAGAAGCCCCAUGUCAUCGUCUGCACACCCGGUCGUCUUCAGGACCAUCUCGAAAACACAAAGGGAUUCAGCUUGAGGACAUUAAAGUACCUCGUUCUCGAUGAGGCCGAUCGUCUUUUGGACAUGGAUUUCGGACCGAUUAUCGACCAGAUCUUGAAGGUCAUCCCCAAGGAACGCAACACAUUCUUGUUCUCGGCCACCAUGACGACGAAGGUCGCGAAGCUGCAGAGGGCUAGUUUGAACAACCCGGUGAAGGUUGAGGUGGCCACGAAAUAUUCGACGGUCGCGACCUUGCUUCAGUACUACCUGUUCUUCCCGUUGAAGAAUAAGGAUUCGUACCUGGUUUAUCUGUUGAACGAAUUGGCAGGAAACUCGACGAUUGUGUUUUCAAGGACUUGCAACGACACACAGAGGAUCACGCUUCUGCUCCGGAACCUGGGUUUCCCUGCCAUUCCAUUGCAUGGACAGCUCAGUCAGGAGAAGCGCUUAGGAGCUCUUAACAAGUUCAAAUCCGGCAACAGGAAUAUCUUGAUCGCCACCGAUGUCGCAAGCAGAGGUCUGGAUAUUCCUUCGGUUGAUAUUGUUUUGAAUUACGACCUGCCCAACAACUCGAAGGACUACAUCCAUCGUGUCGGUCGUACGGCCCGUGCAGGUCGAUCUGGCAAAUCCAUCACGUUCGUCACCCAAUAUGAUGUCGAGGUCUAUCAGCGAAUCGAACAGGCCUUGAGCAAGAAGCUGGAGGAGUUCUCGGUGGAUAAGGAUGCGGUCAUGUUGCUUCAGGAGCGUGUUGCGGAAGCACAGCGGUUUGCAAUCAUGGAGUUGAAGGAGCAGCACGCCAGCCGUGGCAAGGGCGGCCGUGGAGGAAACAAGAGGCUGUUUAACGCGGAUGAUAAUGAUAGGGAUGAUGAUUCGGUCCAGGCGGGUGGAUAUAAGAGCAAGAGCGCCGCUGCACGGGGAAACAAGGGGGGCAAGAAGAUGAGGAAGUAA